GGUCAACACUGGCUUCGAACGUUUGCGAGUAAAAAAAACAUGGCGACCGUGUUAAAAAUUCUCUCAAUUUUUCUUUAUUUUGACUAGGAAAUUGUACGAAAAAUGGGCUAAACACAAUGCUACGAUGCCUGGUUAGGCUUUGGAGUGGUAAUGGAUAGAAGUGAUAAGCUAGUCGUGAGCCAUCAUCUCUCUUCUUCUCGAGUUGCAGCCAUCAACCAAACUUUACCAGGACUCGAAUCAUUCCUUCGCGAAGUCCUAGGUAAAGAAGGACUCAGUAUAGACGCCGAAGAACAGAGACAAGAAUUUAUUAAGCGUCUGGAGACUAUAUCUACUCCUCCUGCUUUACCACCGAGGCCUCCAAGACUCGCCGCAAGAGCACAAGCUUUGAACGACUCCGGAAGUAAGAUUCAAGACGAAGAAGACUUAUUUACAAACUCGCUCUACAGAAAUGACAGUAUUGAUGAUCCUGUGGCUUUUGCCUCUCACCAGAGAGAGCUUUCAAGACAUUAUACAUUUUCUAGUAGGGGAUAUGUGGGAAGAAGGGAAUUAUUUGGCGAAAACAGUCCACUUUAUUCACCUCAACCGCUAGUAACGCAACCAACUUUGCCCGCGCAUAGAGAUUCCAUCCAAAGCUGCAGUAGUGAUGAAAUCUAUGAACGGCUUAGCAUAGGAGAAGCAUUCAAGCCAGGAGAGAGCACAAGCGAUGUCUCAGAAAGAGAAAUCAGUGCAGUUAGUAACCCUGUUCCUAGCAUUGGACAGAGAGGGGGUACAGGGAGAGGAUCUGGAGGAAAGGGAAAAAUUACAACAGGAUGGUUUAAAAAAGAAACAAAGCCUCAAGCAGAAGUACAUCUGUCAGACAUCCAGGACCCCAUCAUCCAGGGCUACCUCAGAGAUGUGAAGAGUAACAAGAGAAGAUGGUGUGUGUUGAAGGACGAGAAGCUUUAUAUUUUCAAGUCCAGAGAUGAACCUACAAAUCAAAUUAUUGACCUGCCAAACUGUGAUAUUGGAGUGGAUGAUAAGAAAAAGAUCAGUUAUUCAUUCAGAUUACAACAGACAGGUGCACCUUUAGUCCAACUUGCCAUUGAAGCAGGACAUGACUUAUCUCCAUGGAUGAGCGCUAUCAUGGCUGCUGCAGUACGGCGCGGUAAAACCUACAGACCAACUAGUCCACUUGAAAAUACUUGUUCUCUUGAAGAAGCUCAAGGAAAGGCCCGAUCUCCGUAUGGGUACAUGAGGAUUGAUAUUAGACAGGAGGAACAAGAGGACGGGGCCAGCAGAAGCAGCACUUAUGAAGUGCCUUUAGAACUUCUGCCUGAAAUGAUGUCAUCUUAUGGUCAUCAACUGUCUACGAGCACACCAACCAGUACCUGUCCAGACACUGAAAAGCUUGAGCCAUAUAACCCUCCGCUGCCACCAGUACCAAUCAACUCAGACUCCUCCUCGGAGUCUAGCUCAGAGGAUGAAGAAGACUAUGAAGAUGGUAGAGCUCGGAAUAAGCCUAGCAAAGGAAGGAAAACUAGUAGAGCCAAUGUUCUUGACAAAGAUAUUAAAAUCACAGAUUCUAAGGCGGAAGGUGAUGAAAAUAGACGGUCAUUCCAUGACGAUUCCCAUGGAACAGACAGCCCAAGCGAUCAAAGCAUCAAUCGGCUGAGCUUUGGGGAGGCAAUAGCUAGUGACGAGGCAUCGGAGCCAAGGGGAGAGAGAACAGGAAGCAUACAGAGGAAAAGAAGUUCAACUGUUUUAAGCAGUGUUAGCGUUGAAUCAACUGGUUCUUACCUAGAUCUGGCUCAGAAGGAACAGCAUCCACCAAGAAAAUCUACCCUGACGACUGGCCCUCGAAUGAAGAGAAGACGGAAGCAAACUGCUGCAGAUACCGAGUCCAAGUUUCUCCAAGAUCCUAAUGCUUUUCAUAGUGGUAUCUUAUUCCAGAAGAGACCCCUUGGUGUUUGGUCCAAACGAUACUGUAAACUUAUCGCAGAUAAACUAAUGUGCUACAGACAUGCAGAUGAUGAAAAGCCUUCCCUAAUAAUCAGCCUCAAGGAGCAAGACGUCUGUCUGACUGACAGCAAAGAAUCCAAAAAGGCUUAUGCAUUCAAGGUUGGACGACCCGGCCAAGAAACAUACUACUUUGGUACCGACUCGAGAGUGUCUGUUGAGAGGUGGAUUGAACUCCUUUCCCUGGCGGCAACCGGAAGACAAGACAUCAUGGCACCUUAUCCCCCGUACUUUAAGUCAGGUUCGGGUGAUGAGAUCGAGAGGUCCAAGUCGCAGGAGUCACUGAGCCUUAGCGAGGAUAUCGACAGUGGUGAUACCCUAGACUUUAUUGACAGUAGCUCUACCCAGACCUCCAGCCGUGAUGGGUACCCGUACGACGACAUCGGUAGCUUUGCUGCAGACGAGCUGGAUGAAGAUUUAUCUAGUGAUGCAAGGGAAGACCAUACACCACAUCCCAAGAACCGCAAUCAUCGUGUCAAGUCUCCUAAUCGCAGAUCCCCAAGACAUCACACCGGUAAGGGUGGAGUAAGGGAACGGGCGAUGAAAAGAAAGAAAGAAAAACAAAAAGGAACAGGUCCAGGGUCUCCGACUAGUCCUCCCCAGAGCGGAAUUUUUAGUGAUUCUGGCGCAGAAAACAGACCAGAAGGAAAUGAUGAGACUGGCCAAGCUACAGCUGCAGAAAACAGGGCAUCAGCUGUGGAUUCUAAGAAAGAUAAAAAAGGAUGGGCAGAAUCGUUAAAACUGAAACAAGCACGGUUCAGUCGUGGGCACAGCUUUUCUGCCAUCAUCACAGGUACCACGGGUACCCCUGCUAGCGAGGUGUCCAAGACAAGACUCCAGGCGAUCAAGAAAACGAACAUUCAGUCCUACACUCACUUGCUCUCCCUCUUCGACAAGGAGGGCAGAUUUAGUGGAUUCUUAACUGAAGUCAAAGUCUCGAAGUAUAGCACAACCCAGCUUCGAAGGUGGUGUGUCGUGAAAAACGGUGCGUUGAAUCUUUAUAACAAACAAACCGAAGAGGCGGCACCAGCAGUUAAGCUAAACCUUGCUGAAAUGUGGCUCACUGACUCUAAAGAUGAAGCCAAGCAUAAGUACUCGUUUGAUCUACACGACAAGGAUGGAAAAACCUAUACAUUUCAAGUCGCGUCUAAAGAGGAGUUUGACAAAUGGUAUGGAAUACUGAAGGUAUUUACGGAGAUCCGUAUUGAGAGGCCAGUACAAACGUCUACGACAGACGACACGGAAAAAGUUCCUACUCAGGACCGUGAAGUUGGACCACAAAAAGGUGACCGCCCAGUAUCUAGAGGUAAAGACGACGGAACGUCCGUCAAUACAUUCGUUAAAAGACCAUCAAUCCGCAUGAAAUUCUCCCAGAAGGUCAGCGUGAUGGAUUUAUUUAAACGUUCACACACCUCUUACGACUUCGAGAAUCCCGUCCCAGGGGAUAUCAUCCCAACGGAAGACAUCAAGUGUAUUAAUUAUACCGGCGGGCAAUUAACAGAAGUAUGCGUCACUGAGGAUCAUUAUACUUGGAGUAGGGCCCGGUGGUGCACGAUAAAGGACUCUGAGUUAUUAAUAUUCGCGGACAAUGUUGGCGGUGACCCCGUCAAGAGAAUACCCUUAUAUAACGUAAGAAUUGAAGAAGCCUGCGAACCUGAUAAAGAAGUCUAUCGGUUUAAAAUCCACAAGUCGAACGAUACUUUAAUCUUCGUCGCGAAAGACAAACUAGACUGCGAGCGCUGGGUCAAUCAGCUGAGAUCCGCCUCCUCGAUGUAUGGCAAAGACGAUCACGAGAACUCGAAGUGUAGGAUCCCGUCUCCUCGCGUCUUCUCGCACAGGAGAACCCGCAGCGAGACGCUACCGCAGAUGCUAAGCGGUGCCCCUUCGCCAGGGGUAUCGUCCUCCGCAUCAUCACCAGAGAAACGGUUAUCUUACGGAAGCGCUUCAGUAUCAACUGGGUCUGAAGAUUCCACAGAUACUCUAAUGAAUGGCCAUCUUAAUGAAGUCAUCCCCAACAAAAAGGGCAAAAAUACUGAUAGCAAAUUAACGUGGUGUGUGGUUACGAGCGAGUUUUUCUUCCAGUAUGAUUCCGAAGAUGUUACGAAUCCGAGCCGAAAGUGGAAGCUGACAGAAGUCAACGCGAAGGAGGAAAAUAAGGACACUUUGCCGAACUCUUUUGGCUUCUCCUUACAAUGCGGAGAAGAAACAGUGUCCUAUCGUCACGAGAACCAAGAGGUGAUAACACAAUGGUUAAGCGUGCUAUACCGGUAUUGCAAACCUGCGGACGAUGAUAUAUCUCCAGUGUUACCGAGAAAGGACUCGGGGCGUUACAAAGCAAAAAGCCAGGAUAAUAUAAAAACAGAAUUCCCCGAUCCAGAAAAACGAUUUUUAAGGAAAACAUUAAGUGAAGGUAAAGCAAGCGGAAAGAAACUGUUACGCAAAAUAUCGGAAGAUAACCUUCUUCAUAAAUACCGACGUGCAGAAGUCUUUAAGGUCCCUUGGAAAGGAAGCCUGGAUAGGUUGAAUGUUAGGCAUCGUGAUCACAUGGAACCAUCCGUUAGCGCACGUGAUCUUGAGCGCAGAUUCUCCUGUGGAAGUCUAUUCGACAGUGAGGGGAAGUACUCUGGUUAUCUCGUAGAACUUGUUACAAGACCGUUAUGUCGUAGCGAGGUGCGACGUUGGUGCGUGGUCCGCGAUGAUUGUUUUUUCGUUUACGAACAACCUCGAGUAGAAACACCCAGAAAAAUCAUCCAACUGAAACAUGUUGAACUCAUUAACGAGGGAAAGAUGAACGAGAAUAAGUUUGUCUUCAGGCUUGACUACGGUGCUGAUGAGUCAGCGGUAUUCAAAGCCAUGAGUAGAACUGAUUUUGAGAAGUGGAUUACAGCGAUCACCGUCAAGCUGGCUGUUUUGAAAUCUAGAAUUCAACGGCAAGAACAAAGAAAGGGGUUUGUUAUCGAUGAGGAUGAAGAGUUCGACUCCACAGAGCCCACGCCUUCAACCACUAACGACACCCUUGUGCCAACCAACGAGACAUUCACUGAAAAGCAUCCUUCAGAGGAUACCCAAUACCUCAAAGCACACCCUCGUACGCACUCUGAAGUAUCCAACGAUAGUGUCUUCAUACGAGAGCAAGUGACGCCCACCAAUAUUACAACUGACGAAACAAACAAAGUCGAGUAUAAAGAAGGUGAAACUCAUUCCAUCAUACAAGACACUGAUGAUGUUGUGACUAUACAAAAAGAAAAACCUGAUAAGGAAGUAUCGGAGAUAUUAGAAAACUUAGAGAAAGUAACGCUAAGCGAGUCACUGCGUGACGUUCCGACAGACGAUGACGUCAUCAAUCUUGGCUCACUAAAAAUUCCUUGGUCAGCGGUCAUAGCGGAAGAGGAAGAGAAAGAUAAAGGAAAAGAUAAAUUUGAGACGGAGCCUAUCUAUCAGAAUUAUACAGAAAUAGGUGUAGUGGAACCUAUAUACCAAAAUAGGCUGGAGGUUAUAUCUGAGGGAAGCACAGGGACGCUUUCACAACUGGAAAUUGAACAAAUUGAUCUCAAUUCCCACGAGGGAAGAAUGAACUACCGAAAAUUCAAAGAAGGAUUUUUAGCGAACCCAGAAGAAAGCAUGUUUGUAGACAUGUUACCUAAAAGGCAUUCCGACUACGACUUGGGACCGCUUUAUGACAACCUUCAUUUUCUUCAGAACCAAGAGCCUCAGGGAAAGCCCCUGUGGUCAGUGCGUCCCUCUAAAGACCACGACGAAGUGUUUGUUCCUAGUGGUCCGCAUACCUCCUUAAAAUCACCAAAAGAAUUCGGCGCCACAGAUCGCCGGAGCAUGGCCAGUGACUAUUCUGGCAUCGUUGGAGAAUCGUUACUAGAAGAGGCCGGUAGUUUCAGUGGUAAUACUACUAGAAGCGGGACAUUGUCGAGUCAGAGUGGUGUUGACCCGCGGGAUCUACAGUCAAUGGACUCGGCGUUUGAUAAAGAACUUUUAGAAGAUAUUUUGGGGCUUAAUGUAACUAGCGAAGAAGCUGCCGAGAUUUCCGAAUAUUGCGCGAAAUGUGAUGAAGAACGAGACUCCUUACAGUCAAUCGAUACUCGUUCGGACACGCUGACGGAUCGGCAGUCGAAAUCGGACGUUUUCUUUGAUGCCGCGAGCGACUUUGAAAACGGAGAUCCAACCACUGAUUCGAAAAAUAGAACUUCUGCGCAUGAUCAAGUGCACGAUCAAGCGCAUGCGAAUUUGGGCCGCGACUUGCGCUCUUCUAGUGGUGCUAGCAUCCAUGACACAUAUUUCGGUCGGUCGAGCUCCGACGAAGAAGACGAAGUUUACGAGGAUAGCAGUCAGGGAUUCCUUACGGCUGAGUCCAGCCCCUGUCACAAGCCUUUAUCUGCUGCUAUUAACUUAAAUCUUAAUGAAGAACCAGAAUCGCGCGAUAAGUUAACAGCAGGUUUUGUGAAUAACCUGGACAGACGCUCCCGUGGRGAGUCCUCUGAGGACGACACUAUCAAUACCUACUUUGGACGAUCUAGUGUAUCAGAUUUAGAAGAUCAUAAUAUUGAAGAUAAGCCCGAUCAGUCAGACCAGUUAGCGCAGUUAAGGGAGCUUGAUGAGGCAAUUGUGUCUGUAGGAGCGGUGCUGCCUAGCAACGAUGGUGACGGGUUUCAUAGGGCACAGUCAAGUUUUGACAAUUGUCUCGAUAAUUCAAAAACUACCAACACAAAGACCCAGUCUAACAAUCAGACAACGUAUCCAGAAAUGACGAACUCAAGCGAGGCUGGUACCGACACAGACACCGUAAAUCUUAGAAAUAAAUCCGGGAUGAUUGAUAGCGACACGAGGAAAGAACUGACCAAGAGCGAAGCAGAGUUUAUUAAGGCUGUGACGGAUGCCUUCAAAGACAUCACCAAGCUUUCUAGUGAGGACGAUGGCAGCGAAGAUACGAAAUUUUAACGAGAUGUGUGGAAAUUGGUGUUCAAUCGUGAUUAAUCCUGACUUUCGUCUAUGGACAAAAUUCGUCACUGACCCCAUUACUUAUACACAUGCAUGCUCAGUCAUUCCUUUUCGUAAAAAUAACGGAAACUUAAGUCAAUAGGCAGAUUAAGAUUCCCGUUUAUCCUUCCCGCAAACGGCAAACGUGACCACGUUUUCAUCGUUUCCCAACAUUUCAUUUUACCUUUUGCAAACCUUUUCGACAAAGACAAGUAUUUUUUG